AGUCGCUCCGCCAGCAACAUGGCGGCUGCCUGAGCGGAGCGCCGGCCCCGCCGCCUCUGCAGCCCGCGGGCCCUGGGCCGUUGUCGCCGGCCGCGUGCGGCCCCCGCGGGGAGAUUGAAUCCGAGGACUGUGCGGCUGCCCCCCUAGUAUGGCCAAUGAAGAGGAUGACCCAGUCGUACAGGAGAUCGAUGUGUACUUGGCCAAGAGUCUUGCGGAGAAGCUCUAUCUGUUUCAGUACCCCGUGCGGCCUGCCUCGAUGACCUACGAUGACAUUCCACACCUCUCAGCCAGGAUCAAGCCCAAGCAGCAGAAGGUAGAGCUUGAGAUGGCCAUCGACACCCUGAACCCCAACUACUGCCGCAGCAAAGGGGAGCAGAUUGCGCUGAACGUGGACGGUGCCUGUGCCGAUGAGACCAGCACGUAUUCCUCGAAGCUGAUGGACAAGCAGACCUUCUGCUCCUCCCAGACCACCAGUAACACCUCCCGGUAUGCCGCUGCACUCUACAGGCAAGGAGAGCUCCACCUGACACCUCUACACGGCAUCCUGCAGCUGCGCCCCAGCUUCUCAUAUCUGGACAAGGCAGACAGCAAGCACCGCGAGCGGGAGGCGGCCACCGAAGCUGGAGACUCUUCCCAGGACGAGGCUGAAGACGACGUGAAGCAGAUCACGGUCCGCUUCUCCCGGCCCGAGUCGGAGCAGGCCCGGCAGCGGCGCGUGCAGUCCUACGAGUUCCUGCAGAAGAAGCACGCAGAGGAGCCCUGGGCCCACCUGCACUACUACGGCCUGAGGGACAGCCGCUCUGAGCACGAGCGCCAGUACCUGCUGUGCCAGGGCUCCGGCGGGGCCGAGAACACGGAGCUUGUCAAGUCGCCCAGCGAGUACCUCAUGAUGCUGAUGCCGCCCAACCAGGAGGAGGAGAAAGACAAGCCGGUGGCCCCCAGCAACGUCCUCUCCAUGGCCCAGCUGCGCACCCUGCCCCUGGCCGACCAGAUCAGGAUCCUGAUGAAGAACGUGAAGGUUAUGCCUUUUGCCAACUUGAUGAGCCUCCUGGGUCCCUCCAUCGACUCCGUGGCAGUGCUGCGUGGCAUCCAGAAGGUGGCGAUGUUGGUCCAAGGAAACUGGGUGGUUAAGAGUGACAUCCUGUACCCCAAGGACUCGUCUAGCCCCCACAGCGGGGUGCCCGCCGAGGUGCUCUGCAGAGGCCGUGACUUUGUGAUGUGGAAGUUCACGCAGAGCCGAUGGGUGGUGCGCAAGGAGGUGGCAACUGUGACGAAACUCUGUGCGGAGGACGUGAAGGACUUUCUGGAGCACAUGGCCGUGGUGCGGAUCAACAAAGGCUGGGAGUUCCUCCUGCCCUACGAUGGGGAGUUCAUCAGGAAGCACCCGGAUGUGGUCCAGCGGCAGCACAUGCUGUGGACGGGCAUCCAGGCCAAGCUGGAGAAAGUGUACAACCUCGUGAAGGAAGCCGUGCCAAAGAAGCCGGGUGGACAGCCAGGGCCCACUGGGCUGCUGUCUGGGGACCAGCGGGUGCAGGUGGCCAAGAGCAAGGCCCAGCAGAACCACGCGGUGCUGGAGCGGGAGCUGCAGCGGCGGCGGGAGCAGCUGCAGGCAGCGGCCAUCCUGCCCGGGGUGCGCGUCAAGGAGGAGCCCAUGAGCGAGGAGGGCGAGGACGAGGAGGAACGGGAGGCGGACGACAGCCAGGAGCCCAUGGACACGUCUCCCGGUGCCGGCGGCUUCCAUCCCCGGCUGGCCAACGGGCUGCCUGCCGGGCGGGCGGCUGGCGGGGACAGCUUCAAUGGGCACGCGCCCCCCAACUUUGCCGGCACCCCAGUGGCCCAGGAACUGCGCGCCUUCGUGCGGGCCACCUUCCAGAGACAGAUCGUGCUGACGCUCAGCGAGCUCAAGCGCCUCUUCAACCUGCACCUGGCCAGCCUGCCCCCCGGCCACAUGCUGUUCAGCGGCAUCUCGGACCGCGUGCUGCAGGACACGGUGCUGGCGGCCGGCUGCAAGCAGAUCCUGGUGCCUUUCCCCCCACAGACGGCCGCAUCCCCGGAUGAGCAGAAGGUGUUCGCCCUCUGGGAUUCUGGAGACAUGAGCGACCAGCAUCGACAGGUCUUGCUUGAAAUUUUCUCCAAAAAUUAUCGGGUACGCCGGAACAUGAUCCAGUCCCGGUUGACUCAAGAGUGUGGAGAAGAUCUCAGUAAACAGGAAGUGGAUAAAGUGUUAAAGGACUGCUGUGUCAGCUACGGCGGCAUGUGGUACCUUAAGGGGACGGUGCAGUCUUGACAGGAGCUGCAGACACUCACCCGACGAAGCCAAACCCUAGGACGGCCCGUGGAGCCCGCAGAGGUGGGAGUGGCAUCUCGGUGGCUUCAGAAGACACGGAGCAGGAGGGACUGAGGGUCUCGGGGCCUGUGGCAGCGCAUCGUCCCGGGGACAGCGGGGGUCCCACACGCGCUGCCGGCGGUGGCAGGCGCAGCUCAGGCUGGCUGGCUCCCAGGAAAGACCACCCGGGACCUUCCUUCCAGUCUAAUUCGAAAUUCCUGAUGUAUUUUGCUUAUUAUUUGGUUCCAUUCUCCUAAUAAUAAAGAGAGUGUGUACUGACAUGGGCAGGACGAUGGAAAUCAUGGUCUAAGAUCUACUUUGCAAACCUGAUGCCAACAAGGCCUAAGUUAUGUUUACAAGAUGAAGAAAACAAUCUGGAGGUUUUAUUUGUUUUGUUUUGUUUUUGUUUGUUUUUUAACAUUUAAAAUGCCUAGAAACCAAUAUAUAGUCUCUGAUUCUAUCUGCUAAGACUUUUGCCAAUAUCAUUAAACAAACCAAAUCAAAUUGUUUUAUUACCGUUGGGUUUCUGUGGCAAGCAACCUCCUUUAGGUAGCAGUCUCAGCUGUUUACAUGAGCCAUCGCAAAAAAAAAAAUCAGAAUCCAGUCCACCCCGUUCUUACUGUCUGUGUGAGGACACAAUCAGAGCCAGGUAAGUAUGGAGCGAUGUAUGAGUGAGGUCAUCACACACCGAUGUAAAAAUUUUAUAUUUUGUGUAUUUUUAAAAUAAACGCCAACACUAACCUGGG